GAGGCGGCCGGCCGGAGGAGAGGAGGGAGCGGGGCGAGGACGCGGAGGAGGGAGCGGGCGAGGCGCAGGCGAGGCUGGGACCCGGGGCGCGCGCACUUUUUCGCAAAGUGCCAACUUCCCGGGAGAGUGCCGGGCGCUCACCGUCUGGGCGCCGGGGAAAGUCAGGGAGAAUUUGAGAUUUUAGGGAAGAAAGUCGGGUCCCCCGCCCCCUUUCCCCUGUUAUUAAUCCUCAUUAACAAGAAAACAACAAGAAUAACAGCAAACUUGCUAUAAUCCAGUCUGUCUCCCCACUCCUGGCACCAUGAAGGCGGCCGUCGAUCUCAAACCGACUCUCACCAUCAUCAAGACAGAAAAAGUCGAUCUGGAGCUUUUCCCCUCCCCGGAUAUGGAAUGUGCAGAUGUCCCAUUAUUAACUCCAAGCAGCAAAGAAAUGAUGUCUCAAGCAUUGAAAGCUACUUUCAGUGGUUUCUCAAAAGAGCAGCAACGACUGGGAAUUCCAAAAGACCCUCGGCAGUGGACAGAGACCCACGUUCGGGACUGGGUGAUGUGGGCUGUGAAUGAGUUCAGCCUGAAGGGUGUGGACUUCCAGAAGUUCUGUAUGAAUGGAGCUGCCCUCUGUGCUCUGGGCAAAGACUGCUUUCUGGAGUUGGCCCCGGACUUCGUUGGGGACAUCUUAUGGGAACAUCUUGAGAUCUUGCAGAAAGAGGACGUGAAGCCAUAUCAGGUUAAUGGAGUCAACCCCACCUAUCCAGAAUCCCGCUAUACCUCGGAUUACUUCAUUAGCUACGGUAUCGAGCAUGCUCAGUGUGUUCCUCCCUCUGAGUUCUCAGAGCCCAGCUUCAUCACUGAGUCCUACCAGACCCUCCAUCCCAUCAGCUCAGAGGAACUGCUCUCCCUCAAGUACGAGAACGACUACCCCUCUGUCAUUCUCCGGGACCCUCUGCAGACAGACACCUUGCAGACUGACUACUUUGCCAUCAAACAAGAAGUUGUCACCCCAGAUAAUAUGUGCAUGGGGAGGACCAGUCGUGGUAAGCUCGGGGGCCAGGACUCUUUUGAGAGCAUAGAGAGCUACGAUAGUUGUGACCGCCUCACCCAGUCCUGGAGCAGCCAGUCAUCUUUCAACAGCCUGCAGCGCGUCCCCUCCUAUGACAGCUUCGACUCCGAGGACUACCCAGCCGCCCUGCCCAACCUCAAGCCCAAGGGCACCUUCAAGGACUAUGUGCGUGACCGUGCUGACCUCAACAAGGACAAGCCUGUCAUUCCUGCUGCUGCCCUGGCUGGUUACACAGGCAGUGGACCAAUCCAGCUGUGGCAGUUUCUUCUGGAAUUACUCACUGAUAAGUCCUGUCAGUCUUUCAUCAGCUGGACAGGAGAUGGCUGGGAAUUCAAGCUCUCUGACCCAGAUGAGGUGGCCAGGAGAUGGGGAAAGAGGAAAAACAAACCCAAGAUGAAUUAUGAGAAACUGAGCCGUGGCCUACGCUACUAUUAUGACAAAAACAUCAUCCACAAGACAGCGGGUAAACGCUAUGUGUACCGCUUCGUGUGUGACCUGCAGAGCCUCCUGGGAUACACACCUGAGGAGCUGCACGCCAUGCUGGACGUCAAGCCCGAUGCCGACGAGUGACAGACACCCAGGGGUCAGGGAAACUCUGCUGAUACAUUUCAGAGAACAGCCACAGCGUUCAGACUCUUAAUUUUUAAAUGUUAUUCUAUUUUUAAUUUUUCAGAACUCAUUUUUACAUUCAGGGGUGGGAGCUAAGUGAGCUGCAGCUAUAAUCAAGUGUGCUCAGUUGUAAAAGGAAAACGAGGAUUUGUGGGGUGGGUGGAGCAAGAAAUUCUGGAGCAAAUUUUCAGGAGAGAGAGAAGGGGGUGGUCUUAGAGCCCAAAAGAAUCUGGCUUAAGGGAGGAGGAGACUAACGUGGUCAUUAAGUUUUUAAAAAUCAUCCAUGCUUUUGAGUUAUGGACCUAUGAGCAAAAGGAAUUUACGCAUCAGGAGUCUUUAAGACUGAUGAGAGACGGUUAAUUUGCUUUUGUUUCUAGGUCUGGUAAGGACGAAAAGAGGGAGGUGGGAUAAAACAUUGUGUCUGGGGGAUGCACUAGAAACCAAGGACCUUUUUACUCUACUUUCCAAAAUGGACUUCAGUGGGGAGGGGCCAAAACGGUUUUUGUGUUAAAAUUUAUUUUAUUAAAUUUUGUGCCAGUAUUUUUUUUUUCUUAAAAAUCGUCUUAAGCUCUAAGGUGGUCUCAGUAUUGUAUCAUGCAAGCUUGUUUUAUUUGCCGGCUGAGGAUUCUGUCACAGUGAAAGAAACUGUUUAUAUAGACCCCACUGGAAAUGCAAAGCGCUGUCACGGAGAUUGGGGAUCCCAAAUUCAUGUGACAUCUAUAUGAAGGAAAAAAAAAAAAAACAAUGCUGACUUGGGUACAUGGGAACUGCACAUGUGAAUUUCUUCUAUAAUUUUUUAAAUAUUGUGAUUGCGCCCCUCUACUUAUUUGUCACCAGUGGAUUAUCAGGGUGUGGGCUUAACAUUGAGCUAAGAAGCAUUACGUCUUUGAACUGAAUGUAUUUUUCAGCCUUGGUUUUGGACCACAGUCAAUGUAGGAGCACUGUUGAAGUUCCAGAGAGGGAGUCAAAGGAGGAAGAUGGGUUUGGUUCUUUAUUGGUUCUUUAUUGUAAUGUAUAUGGCUUGGAGACACAAGCUGUAUGCUUGGGCAUUACCAUCCUCAGAAAUAAGUCCCAAAUGCAUGUCAUUCCAGAUAUUCCACACUUUCUCCUAUACUUCUUAUUUUCCUGGCACCCCCACAUUUAUUGCUUUCCACCACUCUGUUUUCAGUAGAGAGAAGUGUGCAGCUUUCUGAUUGGUGAGAAAAAGAAUAACUGCUGAUGUGACAUGAAUUGAAGAGUGUGUGAUGAAGCCAUUUGGACUUGCAGGGUUUGGGGAGCAAUGGAAACAGGGAGUGUAUAAGUAAAAUGUGGUUUUCCUAUCCAUAGGAGAAGUGCAGGACUUUCCUUUGAAGAACUAAGCCAGCUAAGUGGGUUGUUACGUGAGACUGUGUAUGCAAAGGGUAUAGUGUUGUUGCAAUUAUGGGCCUCAUGCUUGAUGUGCGAUCUUAUCACAGGGAGAGUGCAGAUUGAUAACUGCAGAAGAGAGGAAUGGCUUGCAGGCAAAAGAAACCUAAAAGGGAACAAAGUAAGGUGGUCCAUGAGAUUUGACUAUAAUUUUAGUCCCCCCAAAGUUUAAACAGACAUCGUCAUUGGUGGCCGUCAUCUUCCUGCUGGUUGUGAUGGUGAUCUGAAAAUGGGUUAUGGGGGAAAACACCAUCUACUAGUGAGGAAAAGUGCCUAAUACAGUCAGGAACACCCCCCCCCCCCCCGGUCCCCAUUAUGAGUAUGCUUGACUGGGAAGAUGAGAAUGAGAGGGUGGCUUUAAGGACUUUUGUGAGAGAGGUUAGGUAUUUAAAAUAGCCUUCUCAGGGCUGGGCUUUCUUGGGCUCCUGCUCAAAAGCUGGAGUACUAACUACCUUCUAGCUUUAUCUUCAAGAAAGUGGGUUGUGUCCUUCCAGGUCUUCUUACAGAUCCUGAAUUGCCAGGAACUUGGUUGGCUCUGUGAUCAGAGUUUCCUCAUACUGAUGAAUUGGAGUGUCCACUUGGAAAGCGAAAGCAGAACUACCCCAGCAGUGUGUUUUGACCUUUCAGAUGCAGGUGCCUUAACGAAGCUCUCAGAAUAUUUUAGGAGCAGCUCAGGGAGUGGUCGGUGGAACUGUUUGGACUACGUAGUUUUCUCUUAGAUUAUGUGAUCUUUUUUGGGCACUGGGAAAGAUGUGUGUGUGUGUGUGUGUGCGUGCGCGUGCGUGUGUUUGUGUGUGUGUACAGACAUGCAGAACUUCAGCUGAUAGCAUACCUGAAUUUUCUAAAGUCUUUCCACAUUUCAGUAGGGGUUGAGAGUAGAAUUUAGGCCGGACAUCGCCAUUGCUUGCUUUUGCAACCAGGCAUACAACCGCUUUCUCAGCUCAUCCACCUUCCCCCAUUCAGUUUAUGCCGAAAACUCCCCUUGUGUGAGUCUGUUUCCUGCAGUAAUUCCACAGCAGAUAAAUAUAAGAAAGUGCCUCCAGAUGCGCCUCAGCCCGCUGUUUGCUAAGAUGCCCUUACUCUCUAGGUCCACAAUUUUCAGUAUUUGUAGGUAAUGUAUUAAUGAAGACAGCUUUGUCAUUUCUGGCCAGAUGCUUUUUUCUCCUUCUGUCCAAAGGCCAGAGACCAUCCCAGGAAGAGUGGUGGGUGGUUUAUACACUGGAAAUGUAGCAGAAUUGUUGCAUUUAUGCUUUUAAAAACACAUGUUAACUUCAGAGGAAGGAUGGGCAAAUCUGGCUUAGCUGGGUGAAACCCUUAUUAUCCUGGAGAUGCCUUAACCCAUGUGGGUUUUGGCUGUAGGGUUCAGAGGCACUCUUUGCUUCCCGCCUCCAUUCCGGGGAGGGCCUUCCCUACACAGAGCCUUGAUUUUGUGGCUGUGGGGAUUGGAGGUAGCAUUCAAAGAUCAGAUGUGCUUUUCCUCCCUUUGGAGAUCAACACUCUGGGUUUUAGAGCAUUAACCUGCCUAAUCUUCAUGGUGAAAAGCACACCUUUUCUAUACUAGUCAUGCUGUGCAUGCUGCUUUCUCGUUGGGGUCUAUAUAAAUGUGUUGAACUCUUCUCUACAUUCCAAAGACGUUUCAAGGAACCAUAAGUAUAUGUAUACAUAUACAUAUAUAAAUAUAUAUUAAAAGGAAAUUAUCAGGAAUACUGCCUCAGUUAUUGAACUUUUUUUAAGAAUACUUUUUUUUUAAGCUGAGAAGUACAGGGGUUAAAAAAAAAGAUGUUAUAUUGUGUUUGACUAUUUUCCAACUUGUAUUUUCAUAUAAUUUAUAUUUUUUAAAAGCUGAAAUUUUAAAAGCGAGAUGAAAAAAGGAAAAGCAGGUGCUUUUUAAAAAAAAAUCAGAACUGAGGUAGCUUAGAGAUGUAGCGAUGUAAGUGUCUAUAUGUUUUUUUUUAAUGCAAAAAGAAUUUCUUACAGGGGAGUUUUUUGUUUGUUUAUUUUAGUAGCUGAUGCUGGCACAUCAUUUUGCUGGAGAGUUUUUUAUAUACUGUAGCCUGAUUUCAUAUUGUAUUUUAAACUGUGUGAGAUUAAAAACAAAGAAAU